UGUUGCCUGGGCAAUUUAGUGAGACUGUCUCAAACAAAAUAAAAGAAAGAAAGAAAGAAAAAGGAAGAGUGGAGGUGUAGCUUGAUGAGAGAGCGCCCCGUUCCGUCCUCAGUGCUGGGGGGCAGGGAAUGCUGGGGCCUCUGAGGCUCCCUGAAAACACCGCAGGGGACUGUCACAGCUUCCCACGGUGGCCCACGCGGUGUGUCCCUAACUUCUACCUUUGCUGUCGCUCUCCUUUUCUAUUUCCUCGGCCCCAGCUCGCUCUGCAGAGCCCGUCUCUGUCCCCCUCUUCAGUUCUGCUUUCUUGAAUAAACUUUGCCACCGCUUAAAACAACACAACGCAACGCAAAACUCGGGAGCGACGGUGCUAGCGCAGCUGCUGGCCGGGCUGGGCUGCGCGUGCCUCUCCCUGGGCGCGGGCGCUCAUCUGUACCCCAGGCUGGCGCGCCCCGCGUCCUCUGCGUCCGCGGCCCCUACUGCACCCUCAGGCCCACCUUGGCCCUCGGAAGUGGCGGUCCAGUCAAUGACCCCUGUGCCUGCAGCCCGUCCCGGCCUGCUCGGGCCACCUGGCGCAUUGCGGGUGGCGGUGUCCCCUACUGGAGGUGCUGAGGCCUCGAGGGUCCCCGCGUCGCCCCGCUAGGCUCCCAGGGCGACUGCCUGGCGUGAGACGGGCGCAGGAGCGGUAACGACAAGUGACACCACCAGAGGGCGCCGUCGCCCCGCGGACGCACGAGGGCACGCCCCCGGCGACAUCUCCCCGGGGGAAACUGAGGCCAGGAGGAGGGUCAGAGGGCAGGCCGGUGACGGCAUGGCGGCGGGGCGGAGCGCGGGGUGCGGUGAUCCGUGCGCGGCCCUGGGCCCCGCCUGAUCUCCCGGCCCUUGGGAGUGGAAAGUGAAGUGGAUUGUCCCCCACUUGGCAUGUGUCUUUUUUCUUUUGGGAGGUUUUUGUUUUGUUUUGUUUUGUUUUUCCGGUACCGGGAAUCGAACUCACGACCUUGCGCUUGCCAGGCAGGCGCUGUGCCGCUGAGCUAAAUCCCCAGCCCCUGGAUUGUCCCCCACUUGGACCGGACGUGCUCCGAGUCACGUCUGCAAGUGGCAGCCGGUUGAUGAUUAAGCCGAGCGCAGGCUGCUUGGCUCGGUGACCUCAGUUUCUCCGCUGUCUUCCGGGGCUUGCGGGGACCCGGCAGAGUUGGCGCGCAGCCGCGCGCGGCGGGGGCGUGUGUUGUUUUGCUCCACGCCUGAGCGCGAGGCCACGCCCCUCCUCCUCCCUAUUGGUCGGGUCCCCGCGGGUGGGCGCGGCUUGCGCCUCCGGUCCCGCCCUGCUCCCUGCCCUAUAAAAGCAGCGCCCGCGCGGGUCGGCCCUGCUGGCCCCGCAGACGCUCGCGUUUGCUGCGCCUUCGUGCGUGCCACGAUUCGCGCCCCUUGGCCGCGGGUUCGAGGCCCGGGUCUGCGCGCCGGGUGCGCUCGCUUGCCCGCCGGGGCGCGAUGCUGUUCGACAAGGUGAAGGCGUUCGCCGUGCAGCUGGAGGGCGCGGCGGCGGGCGCGGAGCCGGUCCCCCGCCGCGCGUCGCCCCGUGCGCGCGCUGAGCGCCUCCCCUGUCCCCGCAGACACGGGCGAGCCCACGACGCUGCCGGCCGGCCGCCACGAGUUCGCGUUCAGCUUCCAGCUGCCCCUGACCCUGGUGACGUCCUUCGAGGGCAAGCACGGCAGCGUCCGCUACUCCGUCAAGGCCACGCUGCGCCGGCCCUGGGUCCCCGCGCGCCGCACGAGGACGGUGUUCACGGUCAUCGAGAGCCUGGACAUCAACACCCCCGAGCUGCUGGCACCCCAAGCAGGAGCCCGGGAGAAGGUGGCUCGCUCCUGGUACUGCAGCCGAGGCCUGGUGUCCCUCUCCACCAAGAUUGACCGGAAAGGCUACACCCCAGGAGAGGCCAUCCCCAUCUUCGCGGAGGUUGACAACAGCUGCACGCGCCCUGUGAGGCCGCGCGCAGCCCUGGUGCAGACGCAGACGUUCAUGGCCAGGGGCGCCCGGAAGCAGAAGUGCCUGGUGGUGGCCAGCAUGGCUGGGGAGCCGGUGGCCCCGGGGCGCCGUGCACUGUGGCAGGGCCGGCCGCUGUGCAUCCCCCCGGUGGGGCCAUCCAUCCUGCACUGCCGCGUGCUGCGCGUGGACUACUCGCUUAAGGUUUGUGUGGACAUACCAGGCUCCUCAAAGCUGCUCUUGGAGCUGCCCCUGGUCAUCGGCACUAUCCCCUUGCACCCUUUCGGCAGCCGCUCCUCCAGCGUGGGCAGCCAUGCCAGCUUCCUGCUGGACUGGGGACUGGGCACGCUGCCCGAGCAGCCUGAAGCCCCCCCUGAGUACUCAGAUGUGGUGACAGAGGAGGAGGAGGAGGCCAUGGCCGCUGCACAGAGCUGCUCCCCGUCACUGUGGGGCGCCCCCACGAGCCUCGAAGGCCCCUACUUCGCCUACCUCCAGGAGUGCCGCUACCACCCGCCGCCCCUGUACUCGGAGGAGGAUCCAAACCCAACGUCGGAGGCCGUGAGGCCGCGCUGCAUGACCUGCUGAGCGGCGAGCAGCCCCUCAGGGAUGAGGUCCCGCGAGAACUUCUAGCCGCCAUGGCCGCGGAAGAUGCUGGAGGGGAAGGGCCAGUGAGCCUGACUGCACUGGAGCCCCAGAACCUGAGUCUCAGAGCAGAAAGGACCAGCAUCGCCAUCACGCAGGACUGAGGAGGACCCCGGCAGGCCCUGGCAUGUGACGGGAAUCAGAGUCCCAGCACAGCCUCGGGGAAACGUGAGCCCGGCAGUGCCCAGUCUGCGGGAGACAGAGCCAGACGUAGACACUUGAGGCACCUGUAGGAGGGAUCGGAGCGAGUCCCACGGGAAAGCAGAGAAGGCUUCCUGGAGGACAUUUGACCUGGGGUUUUGAUGUAUGAAUAGGAGCUCUGCAUCAAGGGAGGAGGAAGACCAGUGAGAAGGAUUUGGAGGUCACUCUUUUCUCUCAGAAUCGGGGGCCUUGAGUGCAGGGAUCCCAGCCAACGCCACACUAUGAGCUUGGAUGGCAAGAGGCCUGGGGAUAGGGAGAUUGGGAAGCCAGCUCACUGGAAUAGUGGGGUGGCAGUCACUGGCCAGGGCAGGCGCAGGAGCCCUGUGGUCAGACUGUUGGGGAGGAGUCCCGCGGCAGGGGCCCUCGAGCAGGCCCUGGGCACAGGGGGCAAGGUGGAGUGGGGGGGGAGGUCAGCAGGCUCCCUGCGAGUCCCCUCCCUGGCUGGGGCUGGGCCCCGGGGACCCGGCCUCCCGGGCAGUUUGUCAGUCCACCACUUUGAUACAAUUAUUUUUUUAAAAAUAAAAAGUGUGGACCACGA